GGGGACAAAGCUGGAGAAGGGAGGAGUUACUGCAAUCUCGGCAAUGCUUAUCAUAGGCUUGGAGAUUUCAAAAGAGCCAUCCAGUAUCAUGAACGUCAUCUAAAAAUUGCCAAAGAAGUGGGAGACAAGGCUGGAGAGGGAAUCAGUUACUGCAAUCUCGGCAAUGCUUAUGAUAGCCUAGGAGAUUUCGAAAGAGCCAUCCAGUAUCAUGAACGUCAUCUAAAAAUUGCCAAAGAAGUGGGAGACAAGGCUGGAGAGGGAAUCAGUUACUGCAAUCUCGGCAAUGCUUAUCAUAGCCUAGGAGAUUUCGAAAGAGCCAUCCAGUAUCAUGAACGUGAUCUAAAAAUUGCCAAAGAAGUGGGAGACAAGGCUGGAGAGGGAAAUAGUUACUGCAAUCUCGGCAAUGCUUAUCAUAGCCUAGGAGAUUUCGAAAGAGGCAUCCAGUAUCAUGAACGUCAUCUAAAAAUUGCCAAAGAAGUGGGCGACAAGGCUGGAGAGGGAAAGAGUUACGGCAAUCUCGGCAAUGCUUAUGAUAGCCUAGGAGAUUUCGAAAGAGCCAUCCAGUAUCAUGAACGUCAUCUAAAAAUUGCCAAAGAAGUGGGAGACAAGGCUGGAGAGGGAAAUAGUUACUGCAAUCUCGGCAAUGCUUAUGGUAGCCUAGGAGAUUUCGAAAGAGCCAUCCAGUAUCAUGAACGUCAUCUAAAAAUUGCCAAAGAAGUGGGAGACAAGGCUGGAGAGGGAAAGAGUUACGGCAAUCUCGGCAAUGCUUAUCGUAGCCUAGGAGAUUUCGAAAGAGCCAUCCAGUAUCAUGAACGUCAUCUAAAAAUUGCCAAAGAAGUGGGAGACAAGGCUGGAGAGGGAAAGAGUUACUGCAAUCUCGGCAAUGCUUAUCAUAGCCUAGGAGAUUUCGAAAGAGCCAUCCAGUAUCAUGAACGUCAUCUAAAAAUUGCCAAAGAAGUGGGAGACAAGGCUGGAGAGGGAAAGAGUUACUGCAAUCUCGGCAAUGCUUAUCAUAGCCUAGGAUUUUCGAAAGAGCCAUCCAGUAUCAUGAACGUCAUCUGAAAAUUGCCAAAGAAGUGGGCGACAAGGCUGGAGAGGGAAAGAGUUACGGCAAUCUCGGCAAUGCUUAUGAUAGCCUAGGAGAUUUCGAAAGAGCCAUCCAGUAUCAUGAACGUCAUCUAAAAAUUGCCAAAGAAGUGGGAGACAAGGCUGGAGAGGGAAUCAGUUACUGCAAUCUCGGCAAUGCUUAUCAUAGCCUAGGAGAUUUCGAAAGAGCCAUCCAGUAUCAUGAACGUCAUCUAAAAAUUGCCAAAGAAGUGGGAGACAAGGCUGGAGAGGGAACGAGUUACUGCAAUCUCGGCAAUGCUUAUCGUAGCCUAGGAGAUUUCGAAAGAGCCAUCCAGUAUCAUGAACGUCAUCUAAAAAUUGCCAAAGAAGUGGGAGACAAGGCUGGAGAGGGAAAGAGUUACUGCAAUCUCGGCAAUGCUUAUCAUAGCCUAGGAGAUUUCGAAAGAGCCAUCCAGUAUCAUGAACGUCAUCUAAAAAUUGCCAAAGAAGUGGGAGACAAGGCUGGAGAGGGAAAGAGUUAUCGCAAUCUCGGCAAUGCUUAUUGGAGGUUAGGAAAUCUGGAAAGAGCCGUCAACCUGUAUCGUUCUUGCGUCGUAGUUUUUGACGUUAUCCGAGCCAAUUUGCGGUUCAGAGAUGAUUGGAAGAUUAGCUACCGCGACAUGCAAAGAACCGCAUACACUUGUUUGUGGUGUCUUCACUUAGAGCUAGAUCAAAUUUUGGAUGCGCUUUUAUCUGCUGAACAAGGACGUGCACAGGCUCUUAAUGAUCUGAUUUGUUUUAGGUAUGGGUCGGGAGGAACACAGCCUGGGCCUCACACUCCAGGGAAUUGUGAUCUUGAGGUCCUUGCAAACUGUGCUGUUUCACAUACAAUUUUCAUGGCUGUAGAUGAUAAGGCACGCAAGAUAUUCUACUGGUUUAUUAACAGCUUUCAAGAUAUUCAAUUGAGAAGUACUGAGAUAAGUAAUUAUGGCUCGUUCGAAGAUGUCAAUACCUUUAUUGGAAGCUUAAUGAACACAGCAUCAAGAGCGUUUAAAAAGAGGUGUUAUUGA